AUGUCUGAAGGAAAUAAGUUUUUUGAAAGAAUAGAAGAGGAGACUGACACACCAGUUCUCCAGGGUCAAUCUGACGACAGCAGUGACGAGGACGAAGCUUCAGGAAACACUGAGAUGGAUUUCCCGCGCAGUCUCUUCUCACGGACUCUUGGCUUGAGUCCAGGGGAGAAAGUGCUGGAUGAGUUGACCCUGGAUGGGGUCGCCCGCUACAUCCUGAGUGGCAAAUGCAAGAACAUUAUCUGUAUGGUUGGAGUUGGAAUAUCAACAACGGCUGGAAUCCCAGAUUUCCGCUCGCCCGGCACCGGUCUUUAUGCCAAUUUACAGAAGUACAACCUGCCCUACCCAGAGGCCAUCUUUCAGAACGACUAUUUUAAAAAACAUCCUGAGCCCUUCUUUGCUCUGGCCAGAGAGCUCUACCCAGGACAGUUUAAGCCCACAGUUUGUCACUAUUUCAUGAGAAUGCUGAAGGACAAAGGCUUACUGAGACGCUGUUACUCUCAGAAUAUUGAUACUUUAGAGAGAGUUGCAGGUUUGGAAGGAGAGGACCUGAUUGAAGCCCAUGGCACAUUUCACACCUCUCACUGUGUGAGCUUCCUCUGUCAGAAGGAGUACUCCAUGGACUGGAUGAAAGAUAAAAUAUUCUCUGAAGAUAUUCCCAAGUAUGAUUCCUGUGGAAACCUGGUCAAACCAGCAUUAAGGCUCAUCACAGCUGAGAGACACAACAGACUGAUUAAUUACACAACCCAAGGCGCUAACCUCUUACCGGAGUUUCCACAUUGGAGAGGACAAAAUGGUGGAGGAGAUUGCGGUUUCUAUAGUGAAAGAAUUUUGUGCACCGGCUACCGUGAAAUUGGGAGAAUUACCUCACUGAGAAAAUGUAAGCAGGUGGCUGCAUUUCCGACGAGAAUGACAAAGUUCCGCUGUCACUAG